UCUCACUUACGUCACAUCCGGCUGUCAGAAUAUUACAUUUCUGUAUCUGAAGUCCUACUCUUAGGCAUAUUUCUAGGUAAAUAAGAGUGAAUCGAGACUUAGAAUGCUAUAUAUUAGUGAAAUAAAUAUUCUCUCUCAAUAAGCUCGAAGCCUGAUCAACCAGAGUCACCUAGAGUACUGGACAAGUCGAGCAAAGGGUGUUCACCCCCCCCCCCCUCAGCUACAUCAGGUGCAGAGAGCUGGCAGCGUACAUGUAGGCUUUAGUGGGUUAUAUUCCAAUGGGUCAUUGCUUGUCAUGUUGCGAGGAACAGCGUCUCGCCCAAUACAAUGGCCAGGCAAAGAACGCCCCUGUGUCUCGACCCUUGAACAAACCAGCCAAUAAACAAUCAUAUUACGAGGACCAUAAACACGCUCCACCUCCGUCAUAUACUGAGAGUUCAGAUAGUUUACAGUCAGAGAGAACUCAGAAAGGAAUGUUUAAUCCCUAUCCAAAGUUACCACCUAUACGGACUAAAUCUGCACAAAAUGGCGACUCAAAACGGCAGUCAAUGAGUAGUGGGUUUUCCGAGGCGAAAAUUGUCGCUUUAUUCGAACGCUAUAAAGAUCCUGAAGAGGAUUGUAUUCUGGCUGAUGGCAUAGAAACUUUCUGUGCAGACUUGGAUGUAAGGCCGGAAGAAUUUAGAGUUCUUUUGCUCGCUUGGAAUUUUCAAGCUGCCACAAUGUGUAAAUUCACCCGUGAAGAGUUCACCAAUGGAUGUAGAACUCUAAAAGUGGAUUCCAUAAAGGGUAUUCAGGGAAAAUUCCCAGAAAUGUUGACUGAAAUCCAGGAUAAACAAAGCUUCAAAGAUCUGUACCGCUGGACAUACAAGUUUGGAUUAGAUGUUGAUACGGGUCAAAGAACUUUACCCGUAGAAAUCGCCAUUAGUCUUUGGAGUUUAGUUUUCUCUAUUCACACACCACCUAUACUAAAACGCUGGCUAGAUUUUCUUGAUAAACACCCAUCAAUACGAGGAGUGCCCAAAGACACGUGGGAUAUGUUUUUGAAUUUUUCUGACUCAAUUGGUAGUGACCUCAGUUCUUAUGAUGAUACCGAAGCUUGGCCUAGUCUAUUUGAUGAUUUUGUGGAAUAUGAAAAUGAUAGAGUCAAUCAGAAUGUCCUUGAUGAUGACCCAAUGGAAUAAAUGAUGUCCCAAAGUGCCUGAAGGGCAUUGCAUGUAAGCAUCUCUGCAGUGGAUCAAUUAGAUCAAGAUUUAUGUAUCAUGUACAUGUUUUAAUA